CACGAGCACACGUCGGCGUGGUGUAGUCACAGCGAGAAACGAAGAUCCAGAUGAGCCUACAGAAGAUACCCUCGCAGCCUUUGAAGGGACAUUUUCAGACGCGGAGUGCAGGAGCCCGCUGGCCUCCCAAAUCCAAAACGGUUCGGCAAAGUGCCACUUUGCGAUUUUCGGUCCUGACUACCCGAAAGCUUCGAUGAAAUUACAGCGGGACGACCACGGUAGUAGAAGAAGGCAGUCAUUUUGCGCCACAAACACCAAUCGCUUUUUUGAACCGAUCGGAAUGAGCCCCUGCUCUUCAUCAAAAGCGGAUAUAAUUGAGGAUCCAAGACGUCGGCUAUUGGUCGAGGACGUUGUGCUGAAAGAGCCGAAGGCCAGGAUGAAAGCAGAACUCAUGCGUGGGUUGGAGAAGAACAG